AUGUCAGAAUCAAACUUAUUUAAACCAUUCAAACUUGGUGAUGUUACUAUUAAUCAUAGAAUUGUUCAUUUGCCAACAACUAGAAAUCGUGCUACUGAUGACCAUGUUCCUACCGAUUUAAUGAAGAAAUAUUAUACUGAUCGUGCUAAAUCUGGUGGGUUAUUAAUUACUGAAGCUACAAUGAUUUCAUUAAAUCAAGGAAUUUAUCCAAAUGUUCCAGGUAUUUGGAAUAAAACACAAUCUAAAGCAUGGAAAGAAAUUACUAAUUCUGUUCAUUCAGUUGGUGGUAAGAUUGCUAUUCAAUUAUGGGCAUUAGGUAGAGUUGGUAAACCUCAAUUAUUGAAAACUCAUGGAUUACCAUUAACUGGAGUUAGUCCAAUUUAUGAAAGUAACGAAUCUGAGAAAGAUGCUAAUGAAGCGGGAAACCGUAUUCAAGAAUUGACUCAAGAUCAAAUUAAAGAUAUUAUUCAUGUUCAAUUUGCUAAUGCUGCUAAAUUAUCUGAUGAAGCUGGGUUUGAUUUUAUUGAAUUACAUGGUGCAAUGGGUUAUUUAAUUGAACAAUUCAUUCAUCCUGGUACUAAUAAAAGAACUGAUAAAUAUGGUGGUAAUAUUGAAAAUAGAUCAAGAUUUUUAUUUGAAAUUGUUGAUCAUUUAUCUACUGUUGUUAACCCAUCUAAAUUGGCAAUUAGAUUAUCUCCAUAUAAUCAAUUCCAAUUACCUUAUGUUAAUCCAAAUGCAGAAGAAGAUUAUACUUAUAUUCUUAAAGGAUUACAAAAAAGAGCAGAAGAAGGUAAAGGAUUAGCUUAUAUUGAUAUUGUUGAUGAACGUCAUAAUCCAGAUGGAUCAACUCGCUUAGAGAAUAUUGAUUUUGUUAGAAAAACUUGGAAAGGUGUUUUAUUACAAGGUGGAAGUUAUACUUAUGAUAAAAUUAAUAAUUGGAAAUCAAUCAAAAAUGUUGUUGAUAAAGAUGAUAAAACUUUGAUUGGAUUUGGUAGAUAUUUUAUUGCUAAUCCUGAUUUACCAGAAAAGAUUAAAAAUGGACACCCUUUAACUCAUUAUGAUAGAUCUACUUUCUAUUCUCCGUUUAAUUUUGGUUACAACACUUAUCCAUUACAUGGUGAGGAACUUGUUGUUGAUCCUGAAGAAAAACUUUUGGGCAAAGCGUUGGCUUGA